CUUGGUAUUGCACCCAUGUAACUCAAUUUAAAUGGACAGUGAUAGGGUGGUAUAAAAAGGUUUUGCAAGAAUUUAGUAUCCACUUCACACCCAUGAUCUGGAAAGCCUGGACCCGUUAAACAGACCAGAAAACUGAAAAAGCUAUUCUUGCAAAUCACUCUCUUCAAAGAUCAGUGAUCCAGCUGACAACACCGGGAGUCAUGGCAGAAUCAAGAGACCACGUUGGGAAAUUCCUGGAGGAAUUCAGGGAAGAGAUCUCAUCUGGGGUGCGGUCAGCUGGGUCCAUAGUGGAGGCUGUAAUAUCACAACAACUAAUUACAGAGGAUCAAGUGCCUGCAGUCAGGGACGCCCUGACCCUAAAUGGCCAGAUGAGGGCACUGUUUGAUGCAAUUGAGUCAGCGUCACCGCAAAAUAGAGUUGGCUUCCACCUAUUACUGACACUGAAAGAGCCUGAACUCAUGGCUGAACUAGAGCAUAGGCAAAGAAAUAGUAAGACAACACAAACAGAAUCAGAACAAGCAUAUGAAAGAGGAAGGGAAAAAAAUGAAGAUAAAACUGGACCAAAAGCUAACAUACAGAUAAAGAAAGACAAUCUGAAAAGACGAAGACUUGAAACGAUGCGAGCCAUCGAGGAGAUUGAGAGACUUUGGGAAGGGAGCAAAAGAGAGAGAGAUGAAACGGACAUGAUGAAGGCCAGGAUUCAGCAACAGCAAGAAGAGAUUGACAGGUUGGUGAAAGAGAAAGAAGAGCAGAGCGUGAACAUGGAAGAGAUGAGGAGGGAGAUAGAGAGCGUGAAUGUGAAGCUGGAAAAUAACAAGGAGGAAAUAAACCAGGAGAAAGAGAGAAUUCAGCAAAUGUGGGCCGAUUUACGGACAGAGAGGGACAUCUUGGAGGGACGGAGGAGUGAGAUAAUCAACGAGAGACACAGUUUGCUGUUGAUCAAGCACGAGACGUUGAGAGCAAAGGAAGAGAUAGAGCAGAGUAAAGCGAUCACAAAACGUGAGCAGGAGAACAUGGAAAAGAUAAAGGCUGAUAUUCAAGCACAGAUAACAGACAUUGAGAGGAGAAUGAGGGACACAAAACAAGCAAAAGAGCAGAUGGAAGACAUCAGGGAUCAAGUGCACAGGGAAAGAGAUGACCUUGAGAAAAAACAAGAUGACAUCAAGAAUCAGAAAGAGCAAUUUGAGCAGAUUAAAAAGGAGCUCAACAAAGUUAAAGAAGAGAUAGAACGAAGGUGGUCUGAAAUAGAAAGAGAGGAACUUGAACAGAGGGCCAGGGUCCAAAAAGAGAAAGAAGACCUGGAGAAUAUGCGAACUGAGAUGCAGAGAGCAGAGGAGGACAUUGAGGAAAACAGGAAAGAAACCAAGAGAGAGAAAGACUAUGUGAACAACCUGAAAACACAGAUACUUCUUGAGAAGGAUUCAGUAGAAAAGGACAGACAAGCGAUAUUGAGGAAACAGAAAGAAUUGGAACAGGCAAUGCUUAAAAUUAAAAUGGACCAAGAAGAAAUAGAGCAAACCAGGGAAAUGUCACAAAAAGUGAGAGAGAGAUUGGAACAGACAGAAGUUGACCUUCAGAGACAAAUGCAAGAGAUUGAGAAACAAAUGGAAAAGACCAAGAAAGCAAAUAGCGUUAUGGAAAAUAUGAAAGCUGAAAUCCAAGGCCAAAAUCAGGCACUAGAAAAAAAGCAGGAUGACACUAGAAGAAUGAGGGAAGAGCUGGAGAGAAGAAGGUAUGAGAUUGUAAAAGAGGGUCUGGAUCAAAGGGCUGAAAUACAGAGGGAGAGGGAGGAAGUUGAAAGUAUGAAGCUUGACUUGAUGAAACACAAAGACAUGGAGAGAAUCAGACAAGGCAGAGAAAGAGAGGAGGCCAGGCUGUGGAAAGAUGAAAGAAGGCGUGAGAAACAAGAAAUUGAGCAAAUGAGAGCUGAGUUUCUGAUAGAAAAAGACAACUUGGAAAGAAAACAACAGGAGACGGAGAGGGAGAGACAAGAUUUAGAGAGGGUACAUUUUGAGACAAUGAAAGUGAAAGAAAAGUUGGAGCAAAGCCAGGAAAUCACAAAACAAGAGAAAGCAAAGAUGGUUCAAAUGAAGGUCAAUAUACAGAAACAGAUUGAUGACAUAGAAGAGAAAAUUGCUGAGACCAGGCAAGCCAAGGACAAAAUGGAAGAAAUGAAAAUGGAGAUACAAAGAGAACGUAAUGAUCUGGAAGCGAGAAGGGAAAAGGUCAGGAAAGAGAUAGACCACUAUGAAGGUAUCAAACUUGAGAUAAUUCAAGUAAAAGAAGAAAUUGAGAGGAAAUGGUGUGAGACUGAGAAAGAAGAAAUGGAACAGAGAACAAAAGCCAGCCGAGAGAAAGAAGCACUGGAACAGCUGAAGGACGACGUUCAAAAAGCGAAAGACGAACUAGACAGAGAAAAGAUGGAGGCUGAGAAAGAUAGAGACAACAUUGAAAACAUGAAGGCCAGCUUAAAACACGAGAGGGACAGUGUGGACGGAAAAAUCAAGGAAGCCAAAGCGAAGAGUGACAGCAUGACAGAGAUGGAGCACAAGAUACAAGAUGAAAUGCAAGAGAUGGAGAGAAUCAAACUCAUCACAUUGCAAGACAAAGACAAUGUCUCACAGAUGAAGGUUAAGCUUCAGAGACAAAUGAGAGAAAUGAAGGAUCAUAUGGAGGAAACGAACAGAGCCAAAGAGCAGGUGGAUCAGGAAAGGGCUGUCUUGGAGAAACACAGAAAUGAAAUGGCAAUAGUUAAGGUGGAUAGGGAGCGACAAAGAUAUGAAACAGUUAAAGAAGACCUAGAACAACAAGCAGGAUUGCAAAAGGAAAGAGAGAUGUUGGAGAACUUGAGAGAUGAGAUUAAAAGAGCUAAAGAGGAGUUGGAAAAGGCACAGCAGCUGGAAAAAGAAAGAAGGGAUUUGAAGCAAAACGUGUAUGACGCACAGCAGGAUAAAGAGAUGCUUGAGCAAAUCAAAUCUGAGAUUCUAGAUGAAAGGGCACUUCUUCAAACCAAACAUCUAGAAGCCGCAAGAGAACGAGAGGACUUGGAUCUUCUGCGUAGUGAGACACUAAACGAAAAACUAAAGAUUGAGAAUAAAAAGGAUGCAACCAUCCAAGAAGGAAUAGAGCAGAAAGCUGCAUUUGAGAGAGUAAAGGAGGAAUUUGAAAUUCAAAUAGAGAAGGAGAAAAAAGAAAUGCAACAUGACAGAGAUGUGAUAAAGCAGGAUAGAGACCAGGCAGAACAAAUGAAAAUCAAAAUAAAGAACCAGGAAGAAGAAAUGAACAGAACCAUUCAGAAGACAAUGCAAGCUAAAGAUCUGAUGGAGAGGAUGAAAGCCGAGAUUGAGAAAGAAAGGGAACUUUUGGAAAGAAUAAUGGACCAGGCCAGGAGAGAGAAAGAGCCAUAUGAAAAGGUCAAGAAUGACUUGAACAGGGUCAAAGAAGAGAUGAAAAAACUGUGGGAUGAGGUAGAGAGGGAGGAACAUGAAGAAAAGAUAACACUCAAAAGUGAAAAUGAAGAGUUGAAGAAGCGAUUGGAAGAGAUCAAGAAUGAGAUUGGAGAAAUUCAAACGCUGAAAGAUGACCUUCAGCAUCAGAGGGAAGAGAUUGAUGCUAACAUGGAGCGGGUUAUUAUAGAACUAGACAAACUGGAAAAAACAAAGACUGAGAUGCAGAGAGAAAAAGUGGACAUUGAAAACAAGAUGGCAAAGACUAAGUCUGAGAGAGAUGAGUUGGAAAGAAUGAAGUCUGAGAUGGAAAUCCAGAGGGAUGACAUUGAGAUCAAAAUGCAACAAGCAAGAGCAGAGAUGGAUGAGAUGAGAUCUAUGAAGGAGGACAUCCAGAGACAAAAACAAGAGCUUGAUGACAGGCUGCAAAAGACAAGGAGAGAGAUGAGAGAGACUGAACUGAUCAAAAGUGAGAUAGAGUGGAAGAAAAAGGAUGUUGAUCACAGAAUGAGAAAGACCAUGAGAAAAAAAGAAGAGACGGAAAGGAUCAGAGCUGAGAUUGAGAAAGCUAAAGAGGAGAUGGACCAGAAGAUGAGAGAGACGCAGAGAGAAAAAUUUGAAAUUGAAAGGGCCCAGGCUGACGUAGAGAGGGCAAAACAAGAGCUGGAGACACAAAUGGAUGAAAGCUUUGGUGAUAUUAAUGAGGGGGGACUAAUAAAUGCUGAGUUACUCGAGCUGAUUGAAGAUGUGGACAGAACCAGAGAGAUGGUGCAUCAAAUAAAAGGGCAGAUGGAAAAUCAAAUGGAAAAAAGCAACAUGAACAUGGACGAUAAGAACAGAGUGAAUGCUGAAAUUCAAAGAUUGAUUCUUGAGGUGGAAGAAAUUAGAGAAGUGUUAAGAAGGGUCAAAGAUGAAACUGAUCAAAACAAAGAUAUUCUGAAAGAGGAAAAGGACAGCAUCAAACAGAUGAAGACGGAGAUUAAGAAAAAAAGAAAGGAAGUAGACCAGCGACUAGAAAAGAAUAUGCAUGAGAGGGAUGAGUUAGAGAUACUGAAGAUAAAGAUACAGAGACAGAGAGAAAAUCUGGAACAAAUAAGGGAACAUAUAACUAGAGAGAAUAACAAGAUGGAAAUGAUGAGAGAAGAGAUACAGAGAGAAACUACAGAAGUCAACCGGGCAAGAGAGGAGAUUCAAAAAGCCCAAAAGAGAAUGGAGGAAGACAAAGCAAACCUGCAAAGAGAUAAGGAUCUUAUGGAUACUUUUAAAACUGAGCUUGGAAGACAAAAACAGGAAAACAGAUUGGAAAAGAAAAUACAAGUUCAGACCAUUGUGAAGAAACAUCAGGAUGUAACUGAUAAGAAAUACCUUGAAGCUGCAAUAGCUGAGACAUCUGAAGGAGAAGACGACAAAGACAUGGGAGAGGACAGGAUAUCAAAUGAGAAAGUUGUUUACAAGGAAACAAGUUCAGCUUAUUUUGAAAAGGGUGUUGGGGAGGAUGACAUAGAAAAACAGAAAGAUGAGACUGAUGUCAUCUUGGAAAUACCAAAGAUGGAAAAUUAUGAUUUGAUUGGCCAGAAAUCUAAUAGUGAGGUGAAAAAGAUUGUAGAAAACGUAGAGAAACAGGGAGCUGAAGUACGGAUAGAGCAGGCAAGGCCUGAGAUGCAGAAACAAAAAGAUGACAUUGAAAACAAGAUGGCAAAGACCAAGGCUGAGAGAGAUGAUCUGGAAAUAAUUAAAUCUGAACUACAGAUACAGAAAGAAGAAAUGGAAAUCAAAACGAAACAAGCAAAAGCAGAGAUGGAUGAUAUGAGAUCUAUGAAGGAGGCCAUUCAGAGAGAAAAACAAGAACUCAAUAACAAGAUGCAAAACACAAAAAGAGAGAUGGCAGAAAUGGAAAUACUGAAGGCUGAAAUGGAAAUAAAGAAGAGGGACCUUGAACAGACAAUGAGGAAGACCACAAGAAAGAAAGAUGAACUUAAGAAUGCAUGGGCUGAGCUAGAGAGAGCUAAAGAAGUGUUGGAACAAACAAGGGAACAGGCAGAUAGAGAUGACAUUGAACAAGAGAAGGAGAGGUUGAAAGAGGAAAAGGACCAAAUAAAACUGAUGAAGAACGAAAUGCAGAGAAAGAGAAGAGAGCUAGACCAGCGAUUGGAGAAGAAUGUCCGUGAAAGGGAUGAGUUAGAAAUACUGAAGAUAAAAAUACAAAGACAAAGGGAAGAGAUGGAACAGAAGAUGGAGGACGUGAUGAGAGAAAGUCAAAGAAUGGAAGUGGUAAGAGACGAGAUAAAGAAAUGCCAAAAGAAGGUUGAGGAUGACAACAAAGACUUGGAGUGUAUGCAACAUCAACUCGUCAACCAAAAGAUUGGACUGGAAAAUCAACAAAAAGAACUAGAUGUAAAGGAAAGGGAAAUUGAGGCCAGGGGAAAAUACAUGUUGAGAUGGAGAGAUGAGAUGGAAUCAAAGCAAGAAUGCAUAAGUGAUUACCUUAACAGAGAGAGACAAGACAUCCAUAACACGAAGGCCGUGAUAGCAAAAGAGAUUGCAGAAGAGAGAGAUGAGAUAGAAAAAUUGAGGAAUCACCUCAUAGAGAAGAGAGAGGAGAUUCAGUUGGAUUUAGAUGAUAUCAGGAAAAGGAAAAGCGAUCUGGACCAAAUGAAGGUAGAUAUAGACAGAGACAGACAAACACUUGAUGAACAAAGCAGAAAGGAAAUGGAUGUGGGUGGGUUGACACUGAGAAUAACAGAACUGGUGAUAGAAAAGGGUUGCAUAGAGCAACAGAUUGCAGAAUUUAAAGAGGUUAAAGAGAAAUUGAUAAAGGAUAUAAAAAACCAUAUGGAGGGCUUGGAGGUAAAACGUCAAGAAACACAGAGAUUGAAAGGGGAAAUAGAUGAGCUAACGACACAGAAAAUUGAAAUUGAAGCUCAUAUUGACCAGGCAAAGAAGGAGAUGGACAGUCUAGAGGAAACUAUGGCUAAAAUACAGAGACAAAACCAAGACACAGAAAAAAAGAUGGCAAAGGACAUGAUAGAGAGAGAUGUACUGGAAAGCUUGAAAUCUGAGAUACAGAUGGAGAAAGAGGAAAAUGAAAGUAAAAUGCAACAGGUGAGAGCAGAUAUGGAUGAGAUGAGAUUGAUGAAAGAAGACAUUCAGAAAGAAAGGAAUGACCUUGAAGACAAGUUACAAAAAUCCAAAAGAGAUAUGAGAGAGAUGGAAAUACUUAAGGCUGAAAUGGAAAUAAGAAAAAGGGAUCUAGAACAAACCAUGAGGAAGACCAAUAGAAAGAAGGACGAAAUUGACAACAUGUGGGCUGAGAUUUACAAACAUGAAGAAGAGAUGGAACAAAGAAGGGAGGUUAUGGACAGAGAGAAAGAUGAAAUUGAAAAAGGAAAAGCAGAGUUAAAGGAGGAAAAGGAUCAAAUCAAACAAAUGAAUAGAGAUAUUCUGAGGAAAAGAAGGGAGCUAGACCAGAGAAUGGAAAAGACCAUGCGAGAAAGAGAUGAGCUGGAAAUACUGAAUUCCAAGGUAAAGAGACAAAAGGACAAACUGGAAGAACUUAUGCAAAAUCAAAUGACAGAAAAACUGAAGAUGGAGUUGAUAACAGAUGAGAUACAGAGAGCAGCUGCAGAGGUUAAUCAGAUUGAAGCAGACCAAAACAAGGAUACAGACACAGAUGUACAAGAAUGCAGUGUCCACAAGACUGAGCUGGAACAUGAGCGACAAGAACUAGAGGUCAAGAGGGGGGAAAUUGAAGCCAGGGAAAUACAUUUUUUUAAACAGAGAAAUGAAUUUGAGAUAAGUCUGGAAUGUGAAAAGGCUGAUCUUCUAAGACAGAAGCAAGAUAUAAAUGACAGUUGUAACAUGAUAACAAAAGACAGAAAUGAGUUGGAAAAAUUAAAUAACUUAAUCAUGCAUAAGGAAGAAGAGAUUACAUUUGCUAUAGACAACAUACAGAAGGAAAGGGGGUAUCUGGAACAAAUGAAAACUGAGAUUGACAGAGAGAGAAAGAAUAUGUUUGAUGAGAAGGACAGAAUGAACAGUGACAUUACUAAACUUCAGCUAAGAGAGGCAGAAGUACUGAGAAAGCAGAAGGACCUGGAAUGCAUACGAGAGGAGAUUAAUCUGGAUCAACAAGACAUAACCAACAGUCGUGACAUAAUAAAAAAGGAGAGAGAUGAGCUGGUUAACCGUGAGGCUGAACUGACUGAGAAAGAGGUGGAAGUUGAAAAAUGGAAAAUAGACAUUGAUUCCAUAUUUGAAAAGAUAACCCGGGAAAAGCAGGAUCUGAUUAAAAAUAAAUCUGAAAUAGAAGUGACAUACGAGCAAUCAGCAUGUGAGCAAGCAACAGGUUUAGAGAAGGGAAGUGAGUUGGUUAAAAAAUGGUCGUCCAUAAAGAGAGAAAGAGAGCAAGUUCUUAAAGACUUACAGUAUAUUAUGAUAGAAAAAAACAGACUAAAAGAGAAAGAAGCUGAACUUCAGAGAUAUUCUAAGGACUUAGAGGCUUUCAUGCAUAAUACCAAGAUGGAGAAACAAAAAGUUGAGCAGAUGGCUGCUCAUAUUCAAGAGCAAAAAGAGGAAAUGGAAAUCCAAAAGGAAGAGUUUAAUGUAAAAAUGGUUAACUUGUCACGGGAAAUUGAUGUAAACAACAGACAGAAAGAAGAAUUGGAUAACAUGCAGAAUAUAACAUUGGAAGAGAGAGCUAUGGUUGUAAAGCUGAAAGGUGAUCUACAAAAACAGCAAUCUCAUAGACAAAUUGAAUCACACACAAAAAAGAUGAAAACCAUGGAAACUGAAGAAGUAGCAAGGAAAUUUCACGCUGACAAAGUCCAGACUGUCUUGAAGAGCAGCCUUGAGGAAAUGACAGGCCAAAUGCAAAAAAAGACAGAAGACACUGAAAAGGUUGCUGAAGAAAUGAAGACAAGAGAACGUGGUCUAGAAUUAAUGAAAGCUGAGAUUGACAACGAGAGAAAACAUAUGGACAAUGUAAAGGAAAUGAUAGAGAGAGAAAAGGAAUAUCUGCAACAAAAAACUAUUGAGAUAGAUAAAGUGAGACAAGAUAUUGUAAAAACAAAAACCAAGAGAACCAAUUACAUGGAUGUGCGGGGGGACAGUAGUAUUGCAAUGAAGACAUUUCAACAUGAAUCAGUAAAGCAAGUGGCUGAAAUGAAAGAGGAAGAACAAAACAUUGAAGAAAGUAUCAGCAAGAUGAGAGAUAACCUUGAGCAGAUAACGGCUGAAAUACAACAACAGAGAGAUGAGGUAGACAGGACAAUGGGAGAAGUAAACAUCAAAAAGAAUGAACUGGAACUAAGCUCUAUAGAGGUGAAUACACAGAGAGAUGAGAUGUCCAAUGAAAAGAUCAAGAUGGAACAAGAAAAACAAAAUAUACAAGAUGAAAAGGCUGAACUGGAACGCAUCAGGACUGAGUUACAAGAAAGGUCGGUGAAUCUAGAUCAACUCAUGGACAUGACAAAACGAGAAAAGGAGGGCCUUGAAGUGAUUUCUGGCCAGAUUCAGAAGGAAAGAGAGGAUAUUACAAAACAAACGGAAGAUGUCAAGAAUACAACACAGGUUCUUGAGGCAAUGAAAGCUGAAGUUGAGUCAGAGAAACAAGGAAUUGAAAACAUCAAGAAGAUGCUGUCAGAUGAAAGAGAUGACCUAAAACAGAUGAAGAUUGAGAGAGACAACCUUGAGCAGAUCACAGCUGAAAUACAACAACAGAGAGAUGAUGUAGACAGGGCAAUGGGAGAAUUAAACAUCAAAAAGAAUGAACUGCAAGUAAGCUCUAUAGAGGUGAAUAAACAGAGACAUGAGAUGUCAAAUGAAAAGAUCAGGAUGGAACAAGACAAACAAAACAUUCAAGGUGAAAAGGCUGAACUGGAACGGAUCAAGACUGAGUUACAAGAAAGGUCGGACAGUCUAGAUCAACUCAUGGACAUGACAAAACGAGAAAAGGAGGGCCUUGAAGUGAUUUCUGGCCAGACUCAGAAGGAAAGAGAGGAUAUUACAACACAAACGGAAGAUGUCAAGAAUACAACACAGGUUCUUGUGGCAAUGAAAGCUGAAGUUGAGUCAGAGAAACAAGGAAUUGAAAACAUCAAGAAGAUGCUGUCAGAUGAAAGAGAUGACCUAAAACAGAUGAAGAUUGAGUUGGAAUGCCAAAACCUAGACAUUGACAACACCAAGGGUAGGAUUAGACUGGCAAUGGAUGAGCUGGAAGAGACGAAGGCUGAAAUGGAAAAAGAGAAAAAAGAAGCAGAAAAGCACAUGGAUGAAUUGAAAAAGGAAGAGCAAGACAUUAAGGAGAGUAUCAACAAGAUGAGAGACAACCUUGAGCAGAUCACAGCUGAAAUACAACAACAGAGAGAUGAUGUAGACAGGGCAAUGGGAGAAUUAAACAUCAAAAAGAAUGAACUGCAAGUAAGCUCUAUAGAGGUGAAUAAACAGAGACAUGAGAUGUCAAAUGAAAAGAUCAGGAUGGAACAAGACAAACAAAACAUUCAAGGUGAAAAGGCUGAACUGGAACGGAUCAAGACUGAGUUACAAGAAAGGUCGGACAGUCUAGAUCAACUCAUGGACAUGACAAAACGAGAAAAGGAGGGCCUUGAAGUGAUUUCUGGCCAGAUUCAGAAGGAAAGAGAGGAUAUUACAAAACAAACGGAAGAUGUCAAGAAUACAACACAGGUUCUUGAGGCAAUGAAAGCUGAAGUUGAGUCAGAGAAACAAGGAAUUGAAAACAUCAAGAAGAUGCUGUCAGAUGAAAGAGAUGACCUAAAACAGAUGAAGAUUGAAUUGGAAAGCCAAAACCUAGACAUUGACAACACCAAGGGUAGGAUUAGACUGGCAAUGGAUGAGCUGGAAGAGACGAAGGCUGAAAUGGAAAAAGAGAAAAAAGAAGCAGAAAAGCACAUGGAUGAAUUGAAAAAGGAAGAGCAAGACAUUAAGGAGAGUAUCAACAAGAUGAGAGACAACCUUGAGCAGAUCACAGCUGAAAUACAACAACAGAGAGAUGAUGUAGACAGGGCAAUGGGAGAAUUAAACAUCAAAAAGAAUGAACUGCAAGUAAGCUCUAUAGAGGUGAAUAAACAGAGACAUGAGAUGUCAAAUGAAAAGAUCAGGAUGGAACAAGACAAACAAAACAUUCAAGGUGAAAAGGCUGAACUGGAACGGAUCAAGACUGAGUUACAAGAAAGGUCGGACAGUCUAGAUCAACUCAUGGACAUGACAAAACGAGAAAAGGAGGGCCUUGAAGUGAUUUCUGGCCAGACUCAGAAGGAAAGAGAGGAUAUUACAAAACAAACGGAAGAUGUCAAGAAUACAACACAGGUUCUUGUGGCAAUGAAAGCUGAAGUUGGCUGA